AUGAGUGGGAAGCGACCACCCUCGUUCGUGUCAUCCGACCUCUCCAAGGCGGCGGCUACCCUAGCUGCACUCAAGAAGAGCACGGCUGCUCCCGCUACACCAAGCAAGACCUCCCCGAGUUCGGAGGCUCCUACCCCUUUGACUGGAAAGUCCUCCAAGGGUCCAAAUUCCGCGAAGAAGGCAGCACCUACUAUCGACGAAAGGGAUACCUUCCAGUCGCAAGGGUCGACCGAGACGGUGGAUGCUGGGACAGGGUCGACCGACACGUCGAUCAACAAGACGCUGGCUUAUGAGGACGAUCUCGACAACGACGACGGUUGGUGGGGAAGUAGCACUGACUGGAUGCCGCGCUCCUGGUCCUCAUGCUCUUGGGACUAUGAUUGGGGAUAUGGUCCCCAGAAGCAGUGGUGGAAGCCUUACAACCGAGGGAUGUCAAAGGAUCUGUCCCCGUACGAGGGCUGGUCGUGGGGCCGUGGGGCAUCCGAUUCCAGCCUGCAGACUCAAACGGACUCGCAGACGCAAGAGGACUUGAGACUUGAGGUGGAAGCAGCGCUAAAACGUAGCCCGACCUCGGACAUGGACCAGCAGAGACCGACUGCAGUUGUGCUUACUGGCCCCUUGGUGAUGCAGCAGCCGACAGUGGAGCCAAGCAAAGUGGAACCCCAGGCCUCCGUGAUGCAGCAGCCAACAGUGGAGCCAAGCAAAGUGGAAUCCCAGGCCCCAGUGAUGCAGCAGCCGACAGUGGAGCCAAGCAAAGUGGAACCCCAGGCCUCCGUGAUGCAGCAGCCGAGCAAAGUGGAAUCCCAGGCCCCCGUGAUGCAGCAGCCGACAGUGGAGCCAAGCAAAGUGGAAUCCCAGGCCGAUGCGGCGCCCGUGAUGCAGCAGCCAACAGUGGAGCCAAGCAAAGUGGACCCCCCCGUGAUGCAGCAGCCGGUAGUGGAGCCUUGCAAAGUGGAAUCCCAGGCCACUCUCGGGGUUGACGCUGCGGCACUGAGCACACCUCGGGAGAAGCCUCCCGUACCAAAGUUUGCCCCCGAUGUGUACAAAGGCCCCAGCAGUGUGGAGCAAUACCUCGAUCAGGCCUAUGGGGACAGCCAUCGCAGCCCCGAUCGAUCGCGUUUCUAUGCAGAGCCGCAAGACCCUGCAUUGUCAAAGCGUGAGUCUGCACCGAUGCAGGUCGAUGUCGCAACACCCAUCAAGCAGCAGAACCCCGGGGCAAAGCUCGAGGAGCAGGCAACACCCGCACCGAUGGAGGUCGACACCGCAACCCCCGUCAAGCAGCAGGAGAACCCCGGGGCAAAGCUCGAGGAGCAGGCAACAUCCGCACCGAAGCAGGUCGACACCUCAACCCCCGUCAAGCAGCAGAACCCCGGGGUAAAGCUCGAGGAGCGGGCAGCACCGGCACCGAAGCAGGUCGACACCUCAACCCCCGUCAAGCAGCAGAGCGAUGCUGCUGUGAAGUCCGAGACGAAGGCCAGCCCUGGGAAGGGGUACAACAAGGCGGACGACCCGGACUCAUGGCGGAAAAACCGUCGUGGGCAAUGGUUGUCACCACACGCGCUGUACAUGCGGUUCUACCGCUCGACACGAGGCCAAGAUGUGGACCCCGAUGUUGCAAAGAAGCGCAUCGAUGCCGAGGGCUCUCCAUCGAAUGCCUGCCUCUCAGAUCGGGAGAAAAUGCAUCAGCUUUAUCUCCACUACCUGACCACGAACAGCACUGAGUCGGAAGACACUUACGAGUGGUGGACGAUGGCCACCAUGAUCCGCGAAUUAGGACCAGAACUCGCUGCCGACCUAAAGCAGCGGCACGAGACAUCCGACCCUCGACGAACAGGCCGCUUCAUCAAGGAGCACCCAGACUUUCCUGGUGAGCAGUUCCGCUACAAGAACUUCUCCUCUUCCAAAGAGAUGCGUCGAAAGGUCGAAAGCUCCGAGGCGCAAAUCGAGAUGACGGCGGAUGUGGAGCAGGAUGAUGCUUUUGAAGCCAUGGAGAAGUUGCUUGCCGAGCAAGACAAUGUGGGCGCUGGCCAGGGCCAAAAUCCGAAGCCACCCAAGCCGAUCCCCAAGCCGAAGAAGGAAAAGACGUGGGCACAGCUUGCCAGAGCCGAUCAGAAAGCGAAUCUGGAACUCACCGAGUACGAAGGCUUCCUAAAGUCUGAGAACUUCCGUGACGCCCUCAUGAAGGACCUCGCGCCGUUCCACCUGAUGCUCUCCAGCUCGAAGCACGAUGUGGCAUCUGCGAUGGGCAACAAGGUGGAUGAGGCUCUCCAGAAGAGUAUCACCGACUUCAAAUUCCAUGCCCAGCCCAUUCGUGACGCCAUCAAGAAGGCCAACCCGAAGCCCAAGAGCAACAGCAAACCGAAGGGAAAAGCAAAGGCGAGGAACGCCUAG